AUGGAUCCCUCACGUGGAUCGCGCUUUCUGGACCCGGCGGUGGCUGCCCUCUCCAAGCAUAAGGCCGAAGCCAUAAAGCUUGCUCGUGAACAGGGUGUUGCUGUCCGAGAGAUGUGCCGCAGAGCCAAAACAAAUACACCUCCUUAUGAAUUCGAGGAGUUGAUCGGAAAGGGCUCAUACGGACGCGUCUACAAAGGCCACCAGCUUCCCUCCAGUAAGGUCGUUGCCAUCAAGGUGAUGGAUAUUGAUUCUGUGGACUAUCAAACUGUUCGUGACUUCAGAGAUGAGUCGAUCAAGGACUUUAUACACGAAAUUAGGGUGAUGAAGCAGGUCAAGGACGCGGGUGCGAGGAACAUCAACGAACUAAUCGAGGCAAUCUCCAUCCACUCACAACUGUGGCUGGUUUGCGAAUACUGCCCUGGUGGUAGUGUUAGAACCUUGAUGCGAGCGACCGGCGACCGGCUUGAGGAAAAGUUUAUCAUCCCUAUCGCUCGAGAGCUUGCUGCUGGGUUACGCGCCAUUCAUGAUGCCGGCGUCAUCCACAGAGAUAUCAAAGCUGCCAAUAUCUUGAUCCACGAAGAGGGAAGGCUGCAGAUCUGUGACUUUGGUGUCGCCGGGGUGCUUCAGUCUCAGAUGGACAAGCGGUCCACUUGGAUUGGGACACCACACUGGAUGCCACCCGAGAUGUUUGCGACUCGCGGUGAAGCCCACAAGUACGGUAGCGAGAUUGAUGUUUGGGCCUAUGGCUGUACCUUGUUUGAAUUCGCCACGGGAAAUCCCCCUAACUCGAAUCUUCGCGAGCGUAUGCAAAUCGGCAGACAGAUCACACGCAACACUCCAAAGUUGGACACCGAUAAAUACAGCGACGGUCUUAAGAGCAUCGUUUCAUUUGCCCUGGAAUCCAACCCGGUCACUCGCCCUGGUAUGGCAGAUAUAUUGACACAUCCUUACGUUGCUGAUACUGAGGACGCAUAUCCUACUGCGUCCCUCAGCGAGCUGGUCCGCAUCUAUUAUCAAUGGUCACAGCGUGGUGGUCAGCGCAUUUCUCUCUUCCACCCUGGAGGUGCCGCUGCAGCAGAAAUCCCCGGCAAAAAGCAAGAUUAUGAAGAGGACUGGAACUUUAGUACGACAGAUGGUUUUGAGCGUCGCUUCUCAGUCAUUGAUCUUGACCAGCUGGCCGCCUCUCUGGCGGAGAUGGAAGAUCAAAUUAGUCCAACCACGGUGUCUAGCUCGGAUCAUGAAUCAUUUGAGGACGGAUCGGACAAGGACAUGACGCCGGAGGACAAAGCAAACUUUGACGAGCGUGUGCGUCGGGGAGCUGCAGCGAUGGAGGGUCUCUUCGAUGAAGACAAGCCAAGCUACAAGUAUGAAACCAAGAAUGACUUCGUCCCAAUCGAGCCAAAAGCCCCUACGUCGGAUCUUCCGCUUCGCACUGAUACCGAUCGAUCAUCAGUCACCUCAACUUUUAUUGAUAUUGACAUUGGCUCCUUUGAUUCCUCACACUAUGCUGCCGGAGCAACCUCGGCCCAGCCAUUUCAACUUGCCGAUGCGGAUACUAUUCGAGCGAACCGGACGAGUGGGCGUCAGCACCGGAACUCUGUUGAAGGCCGUUCGCGUUCGUCCAGCAGCGGCGUGAGUAGCAACCGGGGCUCCGAGGAUAUGACAUUCCAGCCCCAGACUGGGCCUCGUCCUCCUACAAUGGAUUGGAAAUUCCCUGUGUUCAUGCAACCUCCGACGGAGGAGGCUGAGCCAGCCAGCCCACCAGAACCAGAGACGAAGCCGGCUGAGCCCGACACAUCCGAUAAACGUGCAACUAUGGAAUGGACAUUCCCCGUCAUGACCGCUCCAGCAAAUGAUGGGGGCGUCAGCAGCGAUAACUUUACGGAUACUAGUCAGUAUGAUACACUGAAGGCACCGAUUGUGGAGAGCCAGCCUUCAGCCACAGUCCGGCGCUCUAGUAUUGGUGAGCCCGGGGACUCCCGACCAUCUACGUCUCGAUCCGGCGAGUCCAAUGGAUCUGAGACUGACUAUGACCCCUUCCGCUUUGAUCGACCUUCCACACCACCCAGCCAGGCGCCCGCGGACCCAAAAAGUCCUGAAUAUCCCCAGUUGCUGAAUACUUUCAAGUACCCUAACUACGACCAGUCCAUCAUUAUGGAUGGCCCUGGUCCCGAUGAAGAAGAGGAGACGGAUGACGCGUGGCAGAAGCCUUCUGAGAACACGGACGAUCCCUCUUUGUCUGAACCUUUCCCGACAGCGAUCCCCACCAAAGGCAUCGACCUCAGCCUCCCCUUCGUCCCGUCUGCAAGUUCCUCCGUAUCGGACUCCUUGCCUACGGCUCGGACCAAUUUUCCUUCGCUCACCACUGACGACGGAGAGCCGAUCCUGUUCCCCGAGCUCCCUCUGCCUCAGCUUGAGCUCUUCAUGGCUGGUGCGAACGAUCAUGCGAUAGCUGGGGAGUUGGAUCGACUGUUAGAAAGCUUCAUUGACUCGUUGAAUUCCACCGGACAGGCUUUAUCUAGAGUCAAUCUGGGUCCGGAGGUGAAAGAGGAGGUCAAACCAGAGGCUGAGUAG